UUUCAUUGUUGUAGGAGUCAAACACAGCUGAUUUAUCAUGUGGGAAUCACGUCUACCAGGGCAGGCAAUGCUGGGCCUUCAGGCUGAAGAGUGCUGAAUGUUUCAGUGAGCCCAUAAGAAGGAACUCAAUCGGAUAAAAGCAGACAUGAGUGACGCUGUGGAGAACCUGGACACCAGGGAACUGGGGUUCUCAGAUACUGAGGAUGAACCUGAAGAGGUGGACUCAGAGUUCAACCCCUCAGGAGCUUCCUGUAUCCCUUUCUCUGCCGUGUACAGGACGGUUGGCUUUAAAGAGACCGAAGCGCAGGUCUACCUGACCACUGCCCCCAUCACUGCCAAGAUCCUAGAAGUGGAACGCUUCACCAGGGCUCCGGACCGCUUCAAAAUCUCGAAACACAGAGGCGUGUCCAAGGCAAUGCCAGCGGUGUUUAAGAUAGAGCUCAAACAUGGGAACUUCACCUGGAUAGUCAAGAGAAAAGAAAAGCACUUCAUGGAGCUGCACAGAGAGCUUCUGCGAUACAAGACCCUCAUGAGGAUCCCACUGCCCACCAGAAGCCACACAGAGAGAAGGAAGAGCAUAAAGAGAAGCGAGGUGAGGCAGAUGCCUGCACUGCCUCGGGGAGGCAGAGACGAGUUGGCACGAGAGGAGCAAGUGUCUAGUCGGAGGAAACAACUGGAAGACUACCUUAACAAGCUGCUGAGGAUGGCAAUGUACCGAAAAUACUACGCCACCAUGGAGUUUAUUGAUAUAAGCCAGUUGUCCUUCAUUCAGGACUUGGGCCCUAAAGGCUUAGAAGGCAUUGUUUAUAAAAGGUCAGGAGGUCACCGUAUACCAGGUAUGAACUGCUGUGGCCGCAAUGAAGUCUGCUACCGCUGGUCCAAGAGGUGGCUUGUUGUGAAGGACUCUUUUCUGGUGUACAUGAAGCUAGACACUGGUGCCAUUUCAUUUGUCCUGCUGGUGGACAAUGAAUUCAGCAUCAAAAUGGACUCCAAACAGACAGAGACCAAGCAUGGAGUGAGCAUUGAGAACCUGUCCAGGAAACUAGUUCUGAAAUUUCAUAGCUACAGACAUGCACGGUGGUGGGGUCAGGCCAUUGAAAGCUUUGUCCGGAAACAUGGCAAGGCCUUUUUAAGGUCCCACCGCUUCGGAUCUUUUGCCAGGGAGGAGGAGAACAUACCGUCUAAAUGGUAUGUGAAUGGCAAAACCUACAUGGAGGAUGUUGCAAAUGCGCUGGAGGAGGCCAAAGAGGAGAUCUUCAUUACAGACUGGUGGCUGAGCCCUGAGAUCUUUCUGAAGAGGCCUGUGGUGGAAGGAAAUCGCUGGAGGCUCGACUGCAUUUUGAAGCGCAAGGCUCAACAAGGAGUGAGGAUCUUUGUUAUGCUGUAUAAGGAAGUGGAGCUGGCACUCGGCAUCAAUAGUGAAUACAGCAAAAGAACACUAAUGCACCUUCAUCCAAACAUAAAGGUGAUGAGACACCCUGAUCACAUGUCCUCCUCUGUCUACUUAUGGGCACACCACGAGAAGAUUGUAGUCAUCGACCAAUCAGUUGCUUUUGUUGGGGGAAUUGACCUGGCGUAUGGCCGCUGGGAUGACUGUGAGCACCGACUGACAGACGUGGGAAGUGUAACACGUUCUGUUGCUCAGGCCAUAGAGCAGGGACUGAAUUCAUCCACACCCAAGAAAAAAGUGUCCACCAGUGGAAACAGCAGACAGUCGAUGGUUGGUGACUCAGUGGACCUGCCCAAACUAAAAGGCAUCGGUCGCACUCGCAAGACACGUUUCAGCCUGUACCGUCACAUCCAACGUGGCCUUCAUCAUGCUGACAGCAUUAGUAGCAUCGACAGCGCGAAUAAGAGUGGCUCAGUGCACAGUCUUCAGACAGGAGUGGGAGAGCUGAUGGGAAACACACGCUUCUGGCAUGGAAAAGACUACUGCAACUUCGUCUACAAAGACUGGGUUCAGCUAGACAAGCCUUUUGAUGAUUUUAUUGACAGGUACACAACCCCCAGAAUGCCCUGGCAUGACAUCUCCUCAGUGGUGCAUGGGAAAGCAGCUAGGGAUGUGGCCAGGCACUUUAUACAACGCUGGAACUUCACCAAGAUAAUGAAGCCAAAGUACAGAUCACUCUCCUACCCAUUUCUACUGCCCAAAUCUCACACCACAGGCAAUGAUCUGAAGUACCAAGUGCCAGACUCUGUCCAGACCAAAGUCCAGGUUCUGCGGUCGGCAGCAGACUGGUCUGCGGGAAUCAAGCACUACGAGGAGUCCAUUCAUAAUGCCUAUAUUCAGGUCAUUGCCAAGAGCAAGCACUUCAUCUACAUUGAGAACCAGUUCUUCAUCAGCUGUGCCGAUAACAAACAUGUUUACAACAAGAUUGGUGAUGCCAUUAUUGAGCGAAUUAUCAGAGCUUACAAGGAGAAUAAAAAGUUCCGUGUGUAUGUGGUGACUCCCCUGCUGCCUGGAUUUGAGGGAGACAUUACCACAGGUGGAGGAAAUGCACUCCAGGCUGUUAUGCAUUUCAACUACAGGACCAUGAACAGAGGAGAGUUCUCCAUAAUCACUCAACUGAAGAAAGCAAUGGAUGACCAAUGGAUGAACUACAUCUCGAUUUGUGGUCUGAGGACUCAUGCGGAGCUGGAGGGCAGACUGGUGACUGAACUCAUCUAUGUUCAUAGCAAGCUGCUCAUCGCUGAUGACAACACUGUCAUUAUUGGCUCUGCCAACAUCAAUGACCGCAGCAUGUUGGGGAAGAGGGACAGCGAGGUAGCUGUGAUUUUUGAGGACUCUGAAACAACGGCAUCAGUGAUGGACGGUCAAGAGUACCAGGCUGGCAAGUUUGCUCUGCAGCUCAGACUGGAGUGCUUCAAAACCAUUCUGGGUGCCUUUACUGAUCCAACCAUUGAUGUCAGUGACCCCAUCAGUAACGGAUUCUACAAAGACGUCUGGAUGAGCAUCUCGGCUCGGAACGCCACCAUCUACGAGAAGGUUUUCCGCUGUCUGCCCUCCAGUCUGGUGAGGAACAAACAGGAGCUCUUGAGUUUCCAGUCCAAACCAGGUCUUGAUAAAGAGGAGCCUGUCAAAGCUCAGGAGCUACUGAAGAAGAUUAGGGGCUUCCUGGUCCAGUUCCCUCUGGACUUCCUCUGUGAGGAGAAUCUCAUGCCCUCGGUGGGCACCAAAGAAGCCAUGGUACCCACUGAGAUCUGGACCUGAUGGCACCAAAUCAGAACCACAGAAAAGACGAUCUGCUUCCAGCAUGAAGGGGAUACAAAUCACUGUGGUAGACGAAACUUUGUUUGUGAAACGCCACACCAACCAAUAUGAAGGAGUAAAGGAUAUUAAGACAAACUGCCUUAAUAUGACUUUCGUCGUGGAAGAAAUGGACAGCUUCAUAUUGUUUUGUACCUUUUAUCAAUGUUAUAAAUGUACAUAAUGAUAUUUUAUAAGCACAGUGAUUAUUAUAUAGCGAUUUUACUAUAAUGUAUAAAUGAAAGUCGCCUUUCUGAGAUGCCAAACCAAAGGGCUUUUAAAUAAAUAAUAUAAUUCUAAUG